UAAAUACAGUUAAUCGUACCUUAGGGUUUCUAGAAACACAUUUUGCAAAAAAAAUCACGCAAAUCGGUGUAUUUUGAGCGGAAAUACAAAUUUUUUAACCCUUGUUCACCCAGUGGUGGGGGGCAAAGGGAUGUAUAAACAAACGGGAAAUUACGUGCAAGCGUUAAUAUACUCUUGGGUAUAGUAGCCACUAGCCUUGAAGGCUUAGGAAAAUAGGUUAGUGGCCCCAAACAGCCCCGAUUUGUUUGAAAAACCCUUACUCAGAAAGAAACAGUUGAUUUCUAUAUAGUCCUAACCUAGAAAUUUUCGGUUCAGUUUAACAAUGGAGAUGCAGCUCCCUCAUCGUCAUUUUGUCCAAUACAUGCUUCAAAAAGGGGCUGUGCCCCAGGAGCAGGCGGUCGAAUAUUGCAAGAACCUUCCUGGAGGUUCGGUGAGGGAUUUGACCCAGCUAAGGGUGCUAAUUUUAACAAUAAACCGUCACAUUUCGGCUCAAUUCUUUAAAAUUAGUAAUGUCACCUGUGAGGUGACCAACCGGGACACGUUGGUUUGGACAAACCUUAAGGAUGACUCGAUAGCAAAAUGUGCCAAAACUUUUAAACCCAUCGAACUCGAAUAUUUCAAUGUCUUGUUGCAACAGUUGGCCAACAAUGAGGACCAUCACUUAAAAUAUGCUGCCAGUCUUAACAUGACUUCUACCCUCACCUCUGCUUACAGCCUAAGCAAAGGUGAGGCCAUAUUAAGUAAAUGGAUAGAGCAAGGGUUUUUCAUACUACAGGACGGCCUAAUUUACUUGGGGCCCAGGACAAUCGUAGAGUUCGGGUCUUCUUUUAAGAGUCAUGGGUACGAAUGUUGCAAUCUGUGUUCAGAACUAGUCUUUAUUGGUAAGACAUGCAGCGCAUGCCAUAGGACCCUCCAUUCGUAUUGUCUUUUAAAAUAUUUGGCCAAUCAGGACAGUUGUCCUUGCUGCAAGAACCCUUGGGCGGAGCAUACAAGUGAAGACUUAUUUGGGACUAACCAUCAUGAUCUACGAAAUGUUGAGGAUGCUGUUAUGAGUGAUGAUAGUUCUGGAAGCCCCCGGGCCAGUACUUCAGCCCAGUACUAAUAGUUUUUGUAAUAAUAUUGUUGUAUAAAAUAAAUGGUUUUAUUUUUUUUAAA